UACAACUGGAUGACCGGAUCAACCAGGGAACAAAAGCUGUACUGCUGGGAUUGCUUGCUUUUUGGAGCGGACAGUGGGUCAUGGGCCAGAGAUGGAUAUUCUGAUUUAGGAAGUUUAUCCAAAUCAGCACAUCGCCAUCAGAAUGCUUCAGGUCACCUCAGAGCUACUAUUCGGCUUAAAACAUUUGGGGACACCAGGAUAGAGCUCCAGCUGGAUGAGCAACAACGCCGGGGUGUCAUCCUUCAUAAUGAAAAGGUGAAGAGGAACCGAGGAAUUUUGAAACGCCUGAUAAAUUGUGUGGUGUACUUGGGCAAGCAGGAGUUGCCGUUCCGAGGUCACGAUGAGAGUGUAACUUCAUCAAACAAGGGGAAUUACAUAGAGUUGCUGGAUUUAGUGGCAGAAUAUGACAGCGACCUGCACACACACCUCGCCACAUCAACAGUAUUUACCGGCACAUCUUCAAGGAUUCAGAAUGACCUGAUCAGCGCUGUCGCUAGUGUAAUGACGGAUAGCAUGAAAGAGGAGCUGAGGAAGGCACCUUUUGUUGCGGUCAUGUUGGAUGAAACGACAGACAUUAGCAACGUGGCGCAGAUGUCAUAUGUGCUUCGAUAUGUCACUGACGAUGGGAUAAAAGAGCGUUUCUUCAAGUACGAAGAUGUGACAGAGGACAAACGAGCAGAGGCCAUAGCUACACGGCUGCUGGAGUUCCUGAGGGAGAGUGGCUGUAUUGACAAAGUGGUCGCGCAGUGCUACGAUGGAGCAGCUGUUAUGGCCUCUGGAUUGAAUGGGGUGCAAGCGAAAGUUAAGGAAACAAUUCCACAGGCCCUUUUCAUUCACUGCUAUGCUCACAUCUUAAAUCUCGUCUUGUCAAAGGGAGCUUCCAAGAUAAGAGAGUGUAAGGUCUUCUUCUCCCACCUCUCUGGCUUGGCCACCUUUUUCAGCCGCUCAGCAAAGCGCACCAAGCUACUGGAUGAUAUUUGCCAGCAUAGGCUUCCACGGGCAGCUCCUACUCGCUGGUGCUUUCAUUCUCGCUUGGUGUGCACAGUGGCAGAGAAGACCAGGGAAUUGAGAGAGGUGUUCGAGCACAUCGUAGACCAUCACACAGAGUUUGAUGACGAAACUGUUCAUUGCUCUGAUGGAUACAUCACCCUCCUUACCAGCUUCGAUUUCAGCUUUUGGUUGAAAACCUUCCACGCUAUCUUCUCCUACUCGGAUGUUGUUUUUGAAAUACUUCAGAACAAAGGUUUUGAUAUGCAGUUCUGCCUGGCCAGAGUGGAUCAGCUACAGCGACAAAUUGAACAGGAGAAGGGGAACUUUGACAGCGUCUACGAUGAACCCAGGCUUUGGUUGGUCCUCCGCGCGGCCGUGGAGCUCAAGGAGACGUUCGUGCACGCAUUCAUCAAGGACUGUCCUGACACCACAGGCUUACUGAUGCAUCGAUCUCCAACCUUACUUUGGCCUGUGGUGGUUCUGUCUUUAUGGAGGGUCCUCAGUACAGACAGCUAG